AUGGGCAAGGACCGCUUUGUUGUAAACCCUUUCGAGGAACUCUCUCUUUCGAGUGCCGACAAAGCCAGCCUGAUGGACUUCAGCUACAACUUCAUUGACCAGAACAUUGAGAAAUACGAAGCAUUCAUCAGCGAUGGAAGCCGAAACAUUGACCAGAAGAAGUGGAAGCUGAUCAAAACCAAGGACGACACUCGCGUGUACUUAGAGCGAGAGCCAAUGACUCGAAUAUCCGACCAGGGAGUGAAGACAGACCACCCAGAGUUCCUCGUGACCGGUACCACGUGGGGAACCGUUGAUGACUGUAUCUUCGGGGCCUUGAACCCGACGCUCGAGUCGAUGCGUAUCAAGGUUUCGUACGUCGAGGAUAUGAGCGGGGGCGCCGUCCUAGCUACACUUGACAUACCGACGAUUGAAGAACCUUUAAAAUCGAUGACAGUGAAGUGGAUGGAGAUCGACCUCCCGUUCGCCUCGACCUCGCUCAUCAAGAACCGCGACUACGUUUUUCUCGAGGGCACCAAGAUUGUUCAUCUGUCCAAUGGUGAACGUGUUGGCGUCAUGAUCUUCCACUCGGUCAACUUCCCGCAGACAAAAGAGUUACCUGGUCGUAUACGUGCCAACAUCACAGUGUGCUGCAUAUUCCGUCAGACUGGCCCCGACAUGGUCGAGUUGUAUGGAUCGGGUAUCGUUGACCCGGGUGGUGACAUGAUCAAGGCUUUUGUGAUGCCUAGUAUCGCGAGUGGAUAUCUCACAACACUCAAGUAUGCACACUGCAGCCAGAUGAAGAAGAUGGCUUGGAUGCUGUCGAAGCGUUACGCUCAAGCUAAGGAACUAGGAACUCCUAAUCGCCCCAACGUCUGCAUCACGUGCACGACUUCCUUAUCCAAGCUGCGGAGUGGAGACUACGGCAAACGUAAAAACACGUGCAAGUUGUGUGCUGGGCACCUAUGUCGCUCUUGCAGGAUCCAAUGUAAGCUGUCCUUUGUGGGAUCGGAUCUUGAGCUUGAGCAGCGCAAGGUCUCCUUCUGCGGAUUGUGCUUACAAAAAGUUAAAUCCAUGAGCCCGAUGGAGGUAGCGACAGAGUACGCCGCGGGUACGAGCAGGCAAGUGGUGUCCUACCCUGGAAGUGAUUCUUCGUACAUCAGCAACUCCAAGUCGUCGUUCGACUGACAUCACCUCGACCACACACUGUGACGUCGAUCUCUGUUGUUCUUAAGCUUGGACGUCUGUUCUUUUAGCGACCAUCAAUAUAGCGUUCUUGACGUCACAGAGAGUA